AUGUCUGUCCCAGAGCAAUUCGAGGGUUUUAUGAUCGAGGAUAGCAAGAACUGGAGUGAUUUCAAAAAGCAAAAGUUCACACCAAAGAAAUUUGAGUCUCACGAUGUUGAUAUUGAGAACGAGUGCUGCGGAGUCUGCGGGUCAGAUGUACACACCAUCACUGGAGGUUGGGGUGAACUCGCUACCUCUCCUAUCUGCGUAGGACAUGAGGUUAUUGGCAAGGUCAUCAGAGUCGGUGACGCAGUCAAGGAGUUCAAGGCUGGUGAUCGUGUUGGUGUUGGAGCACAAGUUCAGAGUUGUAUGCAGUGCAAGAUGUGCAAGAGCGACAACGAGAACUACUGCCCUAAUAUGGUUGACACCUACAUGGCACCAUACAAAGAGGAUGAGGGACACUCCGACAAACCAAUGAAGGACUCCUCAGGAAACCAAAUCUUCUCCCAAGGAGGCUACUCAUCCCACAUCCGCGCCCACGAACAAUUCGUCUUCAAAAUCCCCGACAACAUCUCCUCCACCGACGCCGGCCCCAUGAUGUGCGCCGGACUCACCGUCUACAGCCCCCUCGUCCGCGCCGGCUGCGGUCCAGGAAAGAAAGUCGCCAUUCUCGGCAUCGGCGGACUCGGCCACUUCGCGCUCCUCUGGGCAAAGGCCCUCGGCGCCGAAGUCUACGCCCUCUCGCACACCCCCUCCAAGGAACCCGAAGCAAAGAAACUCGGCGCCGACCACUUCGUCUGCACCAAGAACGAGAAAUGGUCCGAGGGUCUCGAGUUCACAUUCGAUUUCAUCCUCAACUGCGCGGACAUGACGAACGAAUUCGAUAUCGCGACCUACCUCGGCACGCUCAACAUCAACGGCGAGUUCCACAACGUUGGAUUGCCAGACAAGCCGCUCCCACAAUUCCAGGCGCAGGUCUUCACCACGAAUGGCUCCAAGAUGGGAGGGUCCCAUAUCGGGAGCAAGAAGGAGGCUAUCGCCAUGUUGAAGCUGGCGAGUGAGAAGAAUAUUAAGCCGAUGAUUGAGACGAUUGAUAUUAGUGAGGAGGGCUGCAAGAAGGCGGUUGAGAAGGUUAAGGUUAAUGAUGUUAGAUACCGUGUUACGCUUACGGGGUUUCAUAAGGCUUUUGGGACGGGGAAGAAUUAG